GAGCCUCAGUAACGAACGAACCAACGAACGAGCCAUUCUUGCCACAACCUUUCGACAAAAGACAACACAAUGAGUGGAACAAAAAUCACCUACGUUACUGAGGUCCCUCCGCCCCCACAGGAGGUCAUCAUUGUCCCCACUGCACCACCAGCAGAACCAGCGAAACCACCAAAUCCUACUAUAAAAGUCACCACAAGAACGAGUUACUUCAAACAACGAAACAGACAAAUGUGUGUCCAAAAUGCAGUUUUCUUUCUGCUCAUCUAUGGAGGAAUGGACCUGGCCGACAGCUUGGGCUGGAACCAGUCCUAUAGCCUCCUGGUAACGAACGAGUUCUCCUACAGCUGGUUCAUAGGAUUCAUCAUUGGAGCCUUGGGCUCAUCCGUAACUAUGAUGUCCAUCCCAAAGGUGGCUUACUACGUUCUAGGAGGUGUAAUGGAACUGAUCGCCUCUAUUAUUGUUACCGCAGUACCCGAUGAUAGUGAGUGCGUCCUAGCCGCCCGGUACGUGGGCGGCGUGGGCAUCGGCCUGAUCACAGUGCCCUUCCUCGUCCAUAACGCCGAGGUGUCCCUCAUCAAUAACCGUGGCGUCGGAGCCGGAAUGGAGCAGGCUGGACUGACCAUGGGAAUUGCCUUCCAGGUGUGGUUCUCCUCGGAAUGGGAGAGCCUGGGUUACUCGCCCAGUCUGAUACACGGCGCGCUGGGCAUAGCAUUUAGCGUCAUUGGCCUGCUCCUGUGCAUCCUUGUGGUGGAGUCGCCAGUCUUCCACUUGCAGCAUAACCACGAGGAGAAGGCGCGUCAGUGCCAGAGGCAACUGAAUGCUGCCACCGCGACAAAGGACCUGGAGGAGGCCAAGAUUUACCUGGCGGAGAGCAACAGCCGAAGCCUAAUGGAAGACCUUAUGGGAUCUGUGCUGCCCUUCAUCAAGAUGCUCUUCUUCCGCUGCUUCGUGGCCUUCUCCAUCUCGAUGCCGCUGGUCAGGUCCUUUGUCAUGAGCAGCCGAGUAGCCAUCGGCUACUUCUACGCCUGGCCGAUAUACGUCUGGGGCGCCCUGCGAGUGAUUGGCGUCCUUGUGGGCCUGGUGUGUUUGGACAUGGCGGGUCGGAAGGCCGCGUCCCUGUUGGGACUUCUCUGUAUGGCCGGACUGAUCCUGGGCCUAGCCGGGAUUUACGGAAACAUCAGCAGCUGGUACUCCAUGGCAUCGGCCUCCAACAUUGGACUGGCUUUCCAGGCGUUUGCCGGACUCUUUAUCUGCUCCUCCUCGACCUACAUGGGCGAAGCCUUCCCGCUGCGUCUGAAGCCGUUCCUGGUCGGCUUCAUUGUGUGCAUGGAGCAGGUGGUCCACGUAAUCGUCCUUGCCUGCGUGAACACUUUGGACUUCACAGUGUACUUCCAGUACUUCCUGGCCGUGGGAAUAAUCAUGGUAGUAUUCCUGAUAUUCUUUGUGGUAACCAUGCCGGAGACAAAGCGGGUUACUCUUCGAGAAUCGGGAAAACGUUUCCAGCAACUACUCUAUAUACGGUUGAUAUAAGCCUGGUCCACUCACACCAGGGUUUAGGGAAGGAUUUUUGGUGAUUUCUACUUUAGAUUAAUAAAAUGAGAAUCAUGUUUAUUGUAUUCUAGAUUGUAGUAUUUAAAGUUAUAUGUUUUAUACAAUUAUAGUUACUUUAAAGAUA